AUGCCUGCAAACGACGCAGAACACACUAUUAUUGAUGCAUCCAGCCUACAAAUCAUUGAAGCGGCAUUGAUCAAGAAGGACAGGGCACGAGGUCGUAUCACCAACUAUCUGAGUGAGACUAAUGACUACGUAAACGCCCGCACUAAUGACGAAAAAACACCUGAAGCAGUCAAGAAUAUCCUGAACGAGGCAGUCAAAGAUUUGACAGACAAGCUCAAUCAUGCUGACUGCAAUUACUUUCAGGGCUACUUUGAUCGUACCAGCGUCUAUCGCUUUUGUGAUGCAGAUGGUUAUUUCUCCUGCCAGGGAAUCUAUAACCAGGACGGUUGUAUGGACAAGCAUGUCAUCAAUCCGUACAGCAGUCUAACGGAACGCUGUAAUUUCUCCAGAUGGGAAUUUGACCAUGGGAUUGAGAUAUCACGCUCUGUCCUACCGAACCUCCUCAAAGCUGCAGAGGAAGUGGUGAAAGAGAAGGGGCUCAUUGAGGUGAACAUCGACUAUUUCUUCGGUCUGUUGUUUAGAAAGAAGAACCUCAAGUUCGUACACACAGGCUGUCGCCUUAAAUGUGAACACACUGACAAAGACUGUCUUCCAGAAAUGAUAACCCGUCCUCGAGAAUAGAAUAAUUUCAAUUCAUAUUUGCACUUAUAAAACAGAGAGUUUCCAGGCUGUCCAAUAGAGUGCUCAAUACCGAAAGGCGGAGCUGGUUAAAUUUACGCCAUGAUGCAAUCUUUCACGACUGCUGUCAUCUACACUGUUGCUUUGUGGGUACUAAACUUGUAUCCAGAUUUAAUCAUUGCUGUUUUCUGAUGAUCGUUUAGUGCGUGAAACGUUUAAAAAAAAACUUUUUGAUCUUCUUAUUAUUGUUUAUAUUUGCACUUUUAAAUGGCAUUGGGGUGUUUCCCUGAGUGCUUUCUGGAACAUCUGCUUGUUUUGUAGUAUGUCUAGUUCGCACAACUCUCAUGUAUCUCACUUUCUUCCCUUUUCCAUUCCCUCAACUUAUGAAUACAGUCAGUAUCAUCUAUAAGGUUGGUGGCUAUAGUAAUAUACUGGCUAUAGUGAUCAGUUUCUCAAAUUCUUUUUCAUUU